AUGGCGACCAACUGGAUAUCGCCUCAGCAGCUGCAAUGCAACAUUGAUCUAAUCGAAGACCUUCUACAAAAGAAUGGACCGGAUUACCUAGACCGACCAUUUUACGAGGAUAUGCUCGAAGAACAGUACGCCGAGCUAGCAUAUGUCCAGAGUAACCAGGCUGCUGCUAGGACUCAGAUGCACAGCAAUCAAGUCAAUCUUGAGCCACCUCAGAUGACACGGCCCGUCUCGCCUGCCUCAUCGUCGGGCGCUUCACGAAAGCGAAGUAUCGGGUACAAUGCCACGUACCCUGACUCAAAGCGGCCGAGCGUGAAUCCAAGUCCUCUCACGCCAAACACUCCAAAUUCGGUAUACUCCGAGCCCACGGAUCAUCGCUCAGCAUACGCCAGUUCGAGCCGCCAGCAGGCUCUGCCCCUCGAGCUUCCAGCGCAAGGCUAUCAAGGUUCGAAUCGCCAGCAAAUACUACCUUAUGCUUCAGGUCGCCCGGCACCACCGAACGUGAUUGACCUGACAGAAUCCAAUCCGCCCACGCCAGACCCAUUUCCUGAGCUUGAACAUGCUUUUCUGAGCGGUGCCCCUCAGCCAAUGGACGCGUUCGCGCAGGAGUUCAUGCCCGAGCAGGAGCUUGCGCAGUUCCUGCUGGCCCCGACUCCAGCCGGCACAAGCUAUGCGUUUCAGCAACCGCUGCCCAUUCAUCAACAUGUAGCUGGCGCGGCUUACGGUGCUUACGAAGCCCCAGAAGUGCCCCUCUACAUCGGUAACGCCGAUAAGCCAUGGGCGCCGAGCGACAACGAGGACGAGUAUGGCGCACCUCUUACCGUGGAUGAGGCUCAGGCGGUUGAAAAUCUCCUCGGUAACGUUUCAGCUCACGAUGCUGAGGAUGCGCCCGAGCGCCGCGAACAGACGCCCCGCAUCAUGUGUUCUGCACUCAAGGAAUAUCAGAAGAUCGGACUCACCUGGCUUAUGAAGAUGGAGACUGGCACCAACAAGGGCGGCAUCUUGGCGGACGGCAUGGGCUUGGGAAAGACUGUGCAAGCGAUAUCACUCAUCUGUGCUCGGCCAUCUGAUGACCCGCGUCGCAAGACAACGCUCAUCAUUGCACCUGUUGCGCUGAUGCGGCAAUGGGAAAAGGAGAUCGAGCGCCACGUCGACCCGAGACAUAGACUCAGAGUAUAUGUCUAUCAUGGCACUAGUGGCAAGAACGCAGACUUUGCCAAACUCCGACAGUUCGAUGUAGUCCUGACAACCUUUGGCAUUCUAACCUCGGAGCUCAAACAGAAGGAGAGAAAGGAAUCAGCGAGGCACGUGGAGGAGCAGAGAACCGGCAUCCGUCGCAAACCGAAAGAUAAGUUGGCUCUGCUAGGGCCGGAAUGCAUGUGGUACCGCAUCAUCAUCGAUGAAGCACAAUGCAUCAAGAACAGACAGACUGCUGCUUCCAAGGCCGCUCACGAGCUAAUGGCUAUGCACCGGGUGGUCAUGACCGGAACGCCGAUGAUGAACUCGAUCGAUGAACUGUUUCCGCUGAUCCGCUUCCUCCGCAUCCCUCCAUACGACGACUGGUCGAGGUUCAACCAAGACUUCAGUAAGCCACUGCGAAACACACAUUCUGAUACCCGAAAACGCGCCAUGCAGCGUGUGCAAGUCCUGCUAAAAUCAUUGAUGCUUCGACGUCAGAAAGAUUCCAUUGUCGAUGGCGAGAUUGUCUGCAAACUUCCGCCGAAACACCUCUCGAAGGAGGCUGUCGAGUUCAGUGACGCAGAGAUGGAACUAUAUAGGGCACUCGAGAACAAGUCGCAGAUUCAACUGAACAAGUACCUCGAGAGGGGCACGCUGUCAGCCAACUAUGCAAACGUCCUCGUCUUACUACUCCGUCUGCGCCAAGCCUGCUGCCACCCGCAUCUUAUCAAAGAUCUCAGCCAGCCUGCAACCGAGAACAUCGCAGAGGACGACCUCUUAAGUCGGGCCGGAGCCUUGCACGAGGAUGUGGUAAACCGACUGAAGACCACUGACGAUUUUGAGUGUCCUGUUUGUUUCGACGUUGACCUAAACCCGACGAUCAUAGUGCCCUGUGGUCAUACAGUCUGUGGAGAAUGUGUGCAGAAGCUCGUCGAUCCAACACGUGGCAUUAGGGAUGGCCAUGAGCAUGUCGGCGCUGCAAAGUGCCCCCAAUGUCGUGGCGAGCUGAAGGCCGCCAUGAUUACCGACUACAAACACUUUUGCAAGGUGCACGCUCCGGAGAAGCUUGAGGAGGCCGAUCGAGCUUCUUCGGAGGAACCAGUGAAUGACGAAUCCGACUCUGAUGACUCUGAUGACGAUGACGAGGGUGAAGACGUCGACAAGAACGGUAAUCUCGUUGACUUUGUUGUUCCCGAUGAGGAAGAGUCAGAGUAUGAGGCCGAGACAUCAGAUGUCAACGAUGACGAAGCUUCAGUUCCCGCUCCCUCUGUGAAGUCUAAGAAGAAAGCGAAGAGCAAGAGCAAGAGCAAGGGCAAAGCCAAAGCCAAGCCGAAAGUCACUUUGGCACAACUCAAGAAAGACUCUCUCCGUAGCAAAGCUGCCAAGCAGAAGUACCUCCGCCGCUUGCGCAAGAAUUGGGUGUCUUCUGCCAAGAUCGAGAAGACGAUGGAGCUCGUGAGCGAUAUUGCCGCGAACGACCCUACCGACAAGAUCCUCAUCUUUAGUCAGUUCACGUCGCUGCUUGAUUUGCUUGAAGUUCCAAUGUACGAGAGACGGCUGCGGUACCAGCGCUAUGACGGAAGUAUGACGAUGGGCGAUCGAGCGGAUGCCGUUGAGAGGUUCAUGGACGAUCCUGACGAAAAGAUCAUGUUGCUAUCGCUCAAGGCCGGCAACGCGGGUCUCAACCUUGCGAAGGCGUCCCAGGUCAUCAUCCUGGACCCGUUCUGGAAUCCCUACGUCGAAGAGCAGGCCAUUGACCGUGCCCACCGCAUGCCCCAGCGCAAAGAGGUCACGGUCCAUCGCGUUUUGGUUCCUGAGACGGUUGAGGAUCGCAUCUGCGAGAUCCAAGACAAGAAGCGCCAAAUGAUCGACACUGCUCUAGACGAGACAAGCAGCAAGGGCCUGACCCGUCUCGGUGCGCGUGAGCUUAGGUACAUUUUCGGCAUGGGCUAG